UUUCUCAGGAACAGGGCAGAUACCUGACCAACUCGUGAUCCUAGACAUGAAGCACGGAGUGGAGGCAAAAAAUUACGAAGAGAUUGCAAAAGUUGAGAAGCUGAAGCCGCUGCAGGUGGAGCUGCGGUGGCUAGAAGACCUUUCCGAAUCCAUCGUUAAUGACUUCGCUUACAUGAAGAAGCGAGAGGAGGAGAUGCGGGACACCAACGAGUCAAUAAACACUCGGGUCUUGUACUUCAGCAUCUUUUCAAUGUUCUGCCUCAUCGGACUAGCCACCUGGCAGGUCUUCUAUCUGCGUCGCUUCUUCAAGGCCAAGAAGUUGAUUGAAUAAUGAGGUGCAGUCUCCUCCCACCUUGGAUCUCAGCCAGAACAUUGCUGGGACGUGCCUGGCCUAAGGCAUCCUACCACCAGCACCACCAAGGCACGUCGGAGUACCACCUACAACCUACAAGUCAAUGAGGGACUUCUUUUUAACUUGGUAGGAUUUGGACUCAUUUUGCAACAAUAGGACUAUUCUUAGAGUCACCUAAGACAAAAAAUAGGGGUUACCUAGAUGAUGCCAAAGCCAGCAUUUGCACUGGGUUUCCUCGUGUGAUCUGUUCGAACCAUUUUCUUUCCCUUUCCCACUCACUCACCAGCUUGGGCUCCCACACCAGUUCUUUUAUGAAGAUUUGUAUGACCACAUGAAACCUGUUUCAUUCUCAUUGUCCCCUCAGGUUUCUUUGCAAAAAUACCCUUCCCUUUCUUAUGGCCCUUAGCUGAAAUGUUUACAUGGCUUCUCGUGAUAUCCGUUCGUAAUUUUAUGUCUCUCCAAAGGGACAUGGAUGUGACACCUCAUAAAAGAGAGCUUUGACCUGUAGAUAACUCUGAAAGGAAAUUUCAUUUUCGACAAUUAAAAUAUUUGUGUUCAGCUGCU